AUGGCAACUGCAGCGAUAAAUUCCAAACAAUGCUUUAUAUGUAAAAAAGAGAGAUUCAACUUAUACUUAUGCGACGGUUGCUCAGAAAAAUUUUGUUCGCAAGAUUUAGCAAAACAUCAUCAAGAACAUGUAUUAGAACUAGAAAAAAUUGUCACUGAUUCUGAUACAUUCCAACAAAAUAUGAGUGAACAAGAAGAAGAUCUAAAUCAUUGUUCAUUAAUAAAACAAGUGAAUGAAUGGGAACACGAGUCAAUCAUGAAAAUUAAGCAAACAGCAGAAGACUGCAGACAAAGAUUAAUUAAAUCGACAGAUGAUAAUAUCGUUGAAAUAAAGAAGAAAUUAAAUCAAUUCAUUACUGACUUGAGAAAAAUGCGAGAUGAUGAUGAUUUCAAUGAGAUUCAUUUAAACAAAUUGAGAGUGUUGUUAAAAGAAUUGAAGAAAAAGCUUGAGCAACCCCAGAAUGUUUCCAUUUUGGAAGAAUCUACAUCGUUUAUAAACAAAAUGUCAAUUAUAACCAAAGCUUCAAUUUCAGGUUAG